AUGGAGCUGAUAGAAGGAAACUACACCUUGGUGACUGAGUUUAUACUAUUAGGUUUUCCAACUCGCCCUGCAUUACAGAUUGUCCUAUUCCUUGUGUUUCUGCUGUUAUAUGGUAUGAUUCUCAUGGGGAACAUUGGCUUGAUGAUGCUAAUCAGAAUAGAUCCCCAUCUACAAACCCCUAUGUAUUUCUUUCUUAGCAACCUGUCCUUUGUAGACCUUUGCUAUUCCUCGGUCAUUGUUCCCAAAAUGCUGACCAAUUUCCUCUCAGAGAACAAAUCGAUUUCGUAUCAUGGCUGUGCCCUGCAGUUCUAUUUUUUCUGUACUUUUGCAGACACUGAAUCCUUUAUCUUGGCUGCCAUGGCCUAUGAUCGCUAUGUGGCCAUCUGUAACCCUUUGCUGUAUACAGUGGUGAUGUCCCGGAGCAUUUGUGUAUGGUUGAUUGUCUUAUCCUACGUUGGUGGCAACAUGAGCUCCCUGGUCCACACAUCCUUUGCUUUCAUUCUGAAAUAUUGUGACAAAAAUGUGAUUAAUCACUUUUUCUGUGAUCUCCCUCCAUUGCUUAAGCUCUCAUGCACAGACACCUCAGUCAAUGAGUGGCUUCUCUCCACAUACGGCAGCUCCGUGGAAAUCAUCUGUUUCAUCAUCAUCAUCAUCUCCUACUAUUUCAUUCUUCUCUCCGUCUUAAGGAUUCGCUCUUCCAGUGGGCGGAAAAAAACCUUCUCCACCUGCGCCUCUCACCUGACUUCAGUGGCCAUCUAUCAGGGGACACUGCUGUUUAUUUACUCACGUCCCAGCUCCCUGUAUUCUCCCAACACUGACAAAAUCAUCUCAGUGUUCUACACCAUUAUCAUCCCAGUGCUGAACCCACUGAUUUACAGUUUGAGAAACAAAGAUGUGAAAGAUGCAGCGAAGAAAGCUCUAAGAUCAAAGACAGCUGCCUCAUAA